AUGCCUCGAACCGGCCAAGGCGGAAAUUUUCCUAAUUUCCCAAUCGCGCUCGUCCUUAAUCUCGCGGCGCUCCUGGAAAAACUCGACGAGGCGCUUCUACCAGCCGUGUACCGCUCCCUAGCGCCGUCUCUUAAUCUCCACUAUUCCGCGCCGGCUUUCUCCUUGGGAACCCUGGCGUUCUAUAGAUGCCUCGUGCAGGCGCUGGCAGCGCCACUUGCGGCGUAUUUAGCGGAGCGGGGUGAUCGCGUGGCGAUAAUCGGCGCGGGGGCGGUGGCGUGGGGCGUGGCGACUGCUGCUGUUGGCAUGGCGUCGACCUACUGGGGGGUGGCCAUAGCGCGCGCAGCGAGCGGCAUCGGUCUCGCUCUCGUGCUGCCCUGCAUCCAGUCCCUCCUCGCGGACCUCUCACCAGAGAACCACAGAGGCGCAGCCUUCGGUGUCUUCCAGGCGUCCUCCCACAUGGGCUUGCUGCUGGGAGCCGUGGCCGCGUCUGCUCUCGCUGGCCGUGCUUUGCUAGGGCUGCCGGGGUGGCGGGCGGCGUUCCAUCUCGUGGCUCUGCUGAGUGUUGCCUUCGGCCUGCUGCUGCUCUCCCUCUCCUCAUUCUCCUCCUCCUCCUCCUCCUCCUCCUCCUCCUCCUCCUCUGUCUCCUCUGUUGCUUCCUCAUCACCCUUCCCCUCCUCCUCCUCCUCCUCCCCCUCCGCCUCCUCACGCCCCUCCUCCUCCUUUGUCUCGUCUGCUUUGGGCCUGUUCUCCCGUCCCGCCCACAUAUCACACUCCGCCGCUGCCUCUGCCGCUGCCUCCUCUGCUUCCACGUCCCUCCCGGUCUUCGCUGUAGCAGCCCCUGCAACCGCUGCCCUCCCCGCUGCCAGCGGACGGAACACCCUUGAAGCAUGGAGCGCUGCUGUUUCUAGAGCCGAUCCCACGCCUGGGGUGUGGAGGGACGAGCCUCUCUCCUCAGCUAUGGGGGAUCUGUGGCUGAAGCUGCGCCACGUGGCGUCCAUCCGCACGUGCCAGCUCAUCAUGCUGCAGGGCGUGGUCAGCCAGGCCCCGUGGAGCGCGCUGCUCUUCCUGUCCAUGUGGCUUGAGCUCAUUGGCUUUGACCCAUCGCGGGCAGCAGAGCUGGUGGGUGGGGUUGUAUCCCUCCUCUCUCUGGGCUUUCUCCUGGGCUCUCUCACGUCCGGAUGGGUGGGCGACAGAGCGUCACAGCACAUCCCGCACCUGGGCCUGGGGCGCAUUCUAUGUGCCAACAUCAGCACUGGCGCUGUCGUGCUGCUCUCUGCGCUGCUCCUCAACGUCUUCCCUCCCUCGCCUGCUGAAGCUGCCGCUUCUGCGGGUGCUGCUGCGCUGUCUGCUUCCUCUGGUUACUCUGCCUCCUCCUCUGUCUCCUCCUGGGGAUUUCUGGUUCUGUGGGAAUCAGCACCGCACGCCCUGCUCUUUUGCCUGAUUGGAUUCGCAGCCUCCUGGCCGCUUCCCUCCUGCAACCUUCCCAUGCUCUCAGAGGUGGUGCCAUCUCGCCUGCGCACCACAGCCUAUGCAGCAGACAUGGCUCUAGGGCGUAUGUCAGCUGCAUUUGGAGGGCCAGCGGUGGGGCUAGCAGCUAUCCACCUGUACGGAUUCUCCACUGCUGCUGCUGCCGCCGCCAUGGCUGGUCGCUCGGGGGUGGCCUUAGCUGCUGCCACUUCGGCUCUUGAAGCCUCUGGAUCCGCAUCCGCUGCUGCAGCAGCAGCAGCAGCAGGUGGGGGGGAAGCAGGGGAGGUAGGUGCUGGAGGGGGUUUACUGGGAGCAGGCGGGGCGAAUUUUACAGGGCUAGCAGCAGCAGCAGCAGCAGCAGCUGUUGCUGCUGCUGCGAAUGCAGAGGCGCUUGCCAAGGGCUUGUUUCUGGCGAUCGCGGUUCCGUAUGCGGUGAAUGUGAUGCUGAUUGCUGCUUGCUUCUGGGCGUAUCCCGAGGACCGGAAGCAUGCGUCAGUGGCCAACUGGGUGGAUGCCUCUAGUGGGGCUGGUGCAAGCAGUGCUGCUCGUGGUGGUGGUGCUGCUGCUGCUACUGCUGGUGCUGGGUCUGGUGGUGACGCUGAUGUGACGAGGAUGGAAGGCAGGAAGGCUGGCAAGGCAGGGAAGGGUGAGAAGGCAGACAAGGGGGAACAUUUUGAGAGCUAUGUGCAUGACUCGAGUAACUUAGCUGAGCUGGGUAUGGGUGGUGGUGGUAAUACUCUGCAAGGGAGGCCAGAGAACAAUCAACAACAGCUGGAGAUGCAGCAACAGCAGAGGCCACUGGGGAAAAUGGCACUUGAGCCUGAGUCAAAUGAGACGGAGACAGAAUCGAGACCAUUAUUACGACGUUCCCAUGUGUAA